ACGAAACGAAAAUACAUAGCUUUAAUACAGUCCUUCCAAAAAAAAAUAAAAUCUUCUCUAAAGUAAGCUGAAUGCAAUAACGUAUUAAUAAUAAUAUUAAUAAUAAUAUAGCUCCAAAAUAAUUACACUCGUAACAAGCCGCAACUUCUACAAAUUUGCUCCUGAUUACUCAACUUUGCGAGUGAAAAGAGCUUUAGUAUGGGGAAGGUGGCGGUGGGGGCGGCGGCCGUGUGUGCAGCGGCGGUGUGUGCGUCGGCGGCACUAGUGGUGAGGCAUAGGAUGAAGAGCUCAGGAAGGUGGACCAGAGCCAUGGCGAUACUUGGAGAGUUUGAAGAGAAGUGUGGCACCCCUGUCGGAAAAUUAAGACAGGUGGCAGAUGCUAUGACCGUCGAGAUGCAUGCUGGUCUUGCAUCGGAGGGUGGUAGUAAACUUAAGAUGAUCAUUAGCUACGUUGAUAAUCUUCCUACCGGGGAUGAGAAGGGGCUGUUUUAUGCAUUAGACCUUGGUGGCACAAAUUUUCGCGUCUUACGUGUACUUUUGGGAGGGAAAGAAGAUCGUGUUGUCAAACAAGAAUUUGAGGAAGUUUCUAUUCCUCCACACUUGAUGAUUGGAUCUUCAGAUGCAUUAUUCGAUUUUAUUGCGGACGCACUUAAAAAGUUUGUUGCUACAGAAGGUGAAGACUUGCACCCUUUGCCUGGUCAACAAAGGGAACUGGGCUUUACCUUCUCAUUCCCAGUUAGGCAAGCGUCAAUAGCAUCAGGAACUCUUAUAAAAUGGACAAAAGGUUUCUCUAUAGAAGAUACAGUUGGGGAAGAUGUGGUAGGAGAAUUGACAAAAGCCAUGGACAGAGUUGGUCUUGACAUGCGUGUUGCAGCUUUGGUCAAUGAUACAAUUGGAACAUUAGCUGGAGGUAGAUACCACAGCCAGGAUGUUAUUGCUGGAGUAAUCUUGGGCACUGGAACAAAUGCAGCCUAUGUAGAACGGGCACAAGCAAUUCCCAAGUGGCAUGGUCUUCUACCUAAAUCAGAUGAAAUGGUAAUCAAUAUGGAGUGGGGUAACUUCCGAUCAUCACACCUUCCACUUACAGAAUAUGAUGAGGCUCUGGAUAUUGAGUCUCUGAACCCAGGGGAACAGAUUUUCGAGAAGAUCAUUUCUGGUAUGUAUUUGGGAGAGAUUGUACGGAGAGUUCUGUUGAAGAUGGCCGAGGAAGCUAACCUUUUUGGUGAUGUUGUUCCACCAAAACUGGAGAUUCCAUUCAUUCUAAGGACUCCUGUCAUGUCAGCUAUGCAUCAAGAUACAUCUUCAGAUCUGAGAGUCGUUGGAAGCAAACUAAAGGAUAUCUUAGAGAUACCUAAUACCUCUCUGAAAACGAGGAAAGCUAUAGUUAAGCUUUGUGACAUUGUUGCCACUCGUGGUGCCCGCCUCUCUGCAGCCGGAAUAGUAGGCAUACUCAAGAAAUUGGGAAGAGACACAAUAAAGGAAAGGGAAAAGCAUAAGUCAGUAAUAGCAAUGGAUGGAGGGCUUUUUGAGCACUACACUAAGUUUCGUGUAUGCUUGGAGAGCACGAUUGAGGAGUUGCUGGGAAAGGAAGUUUCUGAGAACAUUGUUGUUGAGCACUCAAAUGAUGGCUCAGGCAUCGGAGCAGCUCUGCUGGCAGCUUCCCACUCCCUAUACCGGGAGGUUGCUGAAUACUGAAUACAUAUAGGUAGAUCGAAUGAAAUUUGCAAUUUUGUAAAUUAUUCCUUCCCCCACAUAACAGUUACUACAAUCAUCUAGAGUAGUGGCAUUGCCUUGUUUAUAAGCUAAUGCCAACAAAUUCAUAAUGGGGGUCUUAGAGAGGUUAUAGUUGAGUGAUGGAUAAAAUACCGUCACAAAGUGCCUAGCAAUGGUCCCAAGCUUCGACGCUCAGGCCUGCCAUUUUGAUCCAUUUGCUCCCCUCUUUUUUCAUUGGCAAGAGUUAGCAAAUAAGUGGGGAAUGUAAACUAUUAUUCGAGAUGCUACAUUGGGCAAAAUAUGUUUCUAGUGUCAUGUGAAAAUAAAGAGGAGAAUUUACAGUCA